UUGAAUAAAAACGCCAAUAUAUAUCCGGCUGGAUAAAGUAAAAUAAUUUCAAAACCCCCAAAAUAAAAAGAAAAAAAAAUGCAUUAUUUGAAUAUACUUCUCUUCUUCCUCUUCCUUUCUUCUACACUAGCCAAAACGAAAUCAGAUCCGCCGUCCAGCCCCGGUGGCAAGCACUUCGUUCUAGUUCACGGAGCUUGCCUUGGCGCCUGGUCAUGGUACAAGCUAUACACGCUGCUCAGAUCGGCCGGGCACCGAGUGACGGUGCUAGACAUGGCGGGGGCCGGAAUUGAUCCGAGGGAGGCGGAGAGUCUGAAAUCGUUUAGCGAGUACGUCCAGCCGUUGACGGAUUUCAUGGCGGUGGCGGAGGAGGAGAAGGUGAUUCUGGUAGGGCACAGCCAAGGCGGACUGUGCAUCUCCAAGGCGAUGGAGGAUUUUCCGGAUAAAAUAUCUGUGGCUAUUUUUGUCGCCGCCGCCAUGCCUGGCCCAUCCCUAAACGCUUCAUUUCUACUUCAACAGCUUCGCAAGAGGAUAGAUUUUGGGCCAGACAGCCGUUAUACAUUUGGUAAUGGGCCCAAAAGCCCUCCAACAACUUUGACAUUUGGCCCACUGUUCUUGGCAUCUAAACUAUUCAACAAAAGCCCCAAAGAGGACUUGACAUUAGGGAGGACACUGAUGAGACCAACCCAUUUGUUCGAGGGACAACAAUGGAACAAGGAUUUAGUUUUGACGAAACAAAGGUAUGGCGCCGUCAAACGAGUUUUUGUUGUUUUGGAUAAGGAUAAGGUUAUCCAAAAGAGCUUCCAAAAAUGGGUGAUUCGUAGAAACCCACCAACUGCUGUUGUGGAAGUUACAGGAUCUGAUCAUAUGGUUAUGAUGUCUAAGCCGUUGGAUCUCUUCCACAAACUUUCCCACAUUGCUCAUCACUAUUCUUAGUCUAUUGUUCUUUUUUUGGGUACUAUUGUCACAUCUAAACUUCACUCCAUUUUAAUUCUCAUUUGAAUUGGUAAUUAUGUUUCGGAGUAAUGUCUAAUAAUGGAAUACACACUUUACGUAUUUUGUGGAGUUGCGAAGUUUAAGAAAUUGUGAAGUUUGGAGAAUCGUAAAUUCUUGAAACCUACAAGUAAAGAGUUAAUAAAACAUAAUAUUGAUAUCUUUUAA